AUGUACAAGGCAAGCCCUAAAAGAAGAGUAAUUUUGGAGAAGAGCAAGAGUGUAAGAGAGAAGGAGACUAAGCAAAACUCAAAUUUCUUUGCGAAACACUUAAAGAGGAUCUACCCAAUUGCGCUUCAACGGAGUACUUCUUCUUCUUUCUCACUCUCUUCUAUAUCUCUAUCACUCUCUCAAAACUCGACCGAUUCUUGUGCCACGGAUUCAACUUCCACGGUAGAACAAAGGAUCUCGCUAGCACUCGGUUUAAUCUCAUCCCCUCGUAGAAGAGAAACAUAUGUUCCAAAAAGUAUCCCGCAGAAACAAGAACAACAGCUAUAUCAGGAUUUCAAUAGUGAUGAACCAAAGAGGUGUAACUGGAUCACCAAGAAAAGUGAUGAAGUCUACAUAACGUUUCAUGAUCAGCAAUGGGGAGUCCCUGUCUAUGAUGAUAACCUGCUUUUUGAGUUCCUUGCCAUGUCGGGGAUGUUAAUGGACUAUAACUGGACCGAGAUCCUAAAACGCAAAGAGCUCUUUAGAGAGGCGUUUUGUGAGUUUGACCCAAAUCUGGUGGCUAAAAUGGGAGAGAAAGAGAUCACAGAGAUCGCAUCAAACAAAGCAAUAAUGCUACAAGAGAGCAGAGUCAGAGAAAAUCAUAUUUUACAGGUGGUCAAGGAAUUUGGAUCAUUCAGCAGCUUCAUGUGGGGGUUUAUGGAUUACAAACCGAUCAUUAACAAAUUCAAGUAUUCAAGAAAUGUACCACUGAGAUCUCCCAAGGCUGAGAUAAUAAGCAAAGAUAUGAUCAAACGGGGCUUUCGGUUCGUCGGUCCAGUGAUCGUACAUUCGUUCAUGCAGGCUGCGGGAUUAACAAUUGAUCAUCUCGUUGACUGUUAUAGACAUGGUGAUUGUGUGAGCCUCGCUGAGAGGCCAUGGAGGCAUAUAUGA